CACUCGCAGUCCUCACCGAGGCCGCAGGCAGCUGGGGGUCGGGGGUGGGUGUCGCGAGAGUUGUGACCCUGUGACUAUGGCGAGUCCGGGGGUCGAAGCUGAACGAGAGGCGCUCUUAGGCGACCACACAUCCCGAAGCCGGUGAGUUGAUGCUGGUGGAGAGGCACUAAGCCUUCUUGCGCUGCUGUUGGCACUGGCACCCUUCGUGGCAUCAACAGCCCUGGGCGGAACCAUCACACCGAGAGGUGUCCUCGCGGCCGCAGGUGUCGGGAUCCUGGAGUCACUCGCAGCUUCAGGCUUCUGGUGGGAAAGGCUCCUGGUCGCGCGGCAGUGAGCGCGUGGCUCGGGUUCUCAGCCUAAAAAGAAAACAGAAAAACAAGCAAAAUAAAUGAGUUGACUGGGGACUACUAGCAGAUAAUUUGCAAUACAGGUUACGCUGGCGACGGCAGACGUGGGAGGGGGAAGUCUUUCAAAGAGAAUCCUGCAGAGAAUGGGACAUUAUAGAAACUCAAGAGCAUUAUAAGAGCAGAUGGAGAUCUAUUAGGAUUCUUUAUCUUACUAUGUUUCUCAGCAGUGUAGGGUUUUCUAUUGUGAUAAUGUCAAUAUGGCCUUAUCUCCAAAAGAUUGAUCAGACAGCUGAUGCACGUUUUUUGGGCUGGAUUAUUGCUUCAUUUAGCCUUGGCCAGAUGGUAGCUUCACCUAUAUUUGGUUUGUGGUCUAAUUACAGGCCAAGAAGAGAACCUCUUAUCAUCUCCAUCUUUAUUUCGGUGGCAGCCAACUGCCUCUAUGCUUAUGUCCAUGUCCCAGCUUCUCAUAAUAAAUACUACAUGUUGAUUGCUCGUGGAUUGGUGGGAUUUGGAGCAGGAAAUGUAGCAGUUGUUAGAUCAUAUGUUGCUGGUGCUACUUCCCUUCAAGAAAGAACAAGUUCCAUGGCAAAUACAAGCACAUGUCAAGCACUGGGUUUUAUUUUAGGUCCAGUUUUUCAGACGUGUUUUGCACUCAUUGGAGACAAGGGCGUGACAUGGGAUGUGAUUAAGCUGCAGAUAAACAUGUACACUGCACCAGUCUUACUUGGCGCCUUCUUAGGAGUUUUAAAUAUUGUUCUGAUCCUUGCUGCAUUCAGAGAACAUCGUGUGGAUGACUCAGGACGACCAUGUAACAGUAUUAAUUUUGAAGCAGCAAAUACAGAUGAAGUUCAGAUUUCACAAGGCAGUAUCGAUCAAAUUGCUGUUGUCUCCACCAAUGUUCUCUUUUUUGUGGUUCUAUUUAUCUUUGCCCUUUUUGAAACAAUCCUUACUCCAUUAACAAUGGAUAUGUACGCUUGGACUCAAGAACAAGCUGUGUUAUAUAAUGGAAUCAUACUUGCUGGUCUUGGAGUGGAGGCAGUUGUUGUUUUCUUGGGGGUUAAAUUACUUUCCAAAAUGAUCGGUGAGCGUGCUGUUCUGCUGGGAGGACUCCUGGUGAUAUGGGCCGGCUUCUUUAUCUUGCUGCCUUGGGGGAAUCAGUUUCCCAAAAUACAGUGGAAAGAUUUACAUAAUAAUUCAAUCCCUAAUGCCACAUUUGGGGAAAUCAUUAUUGGUCUUUGGAAGUCACCGAGAGAUCAGAACGAACUACCAACUGGUUGCCCAAUUGAGCAAGCGUGGUGCCUCUACACCCCAGUGAUCCACAUGGCACAGUUCUUCACAUCAGUGGUGUUCAUUGGCAUGGGCUAUCCAGCCUGCAAUGUCAUGUCCUACACUCUGUAUUCAAAAAUUCUAGGACCAAAACCUCAGGGUGUGUACAUGGGCUGGUUAACAGCUUCCGGAAGCGGAGCGCGGAUCCUGGGGCCUGUGUUCAUCAGCCACGUGUAUAGUUACCUGGGCCCGCGGUGGGCAUUCGGCCUUGUGUGUGGAAUAGUGCUGCUCGCCAUCGCACUCCUGGGAGUGGUUUACAAAAGACUCGUUGCCUUUUCUGUAAGAUAUGGGGGGAUUCAGGAGUCUCCCAGCUAAGGCCUGGUGGAAAGUACCAGGUACAUGGCACUUUCAGUCUAAGGCUUUGCUGGACUAAUGCUGUAAACCAGUCUCCAAAGCCAGGCUGUAGACUUUGCACAUUUUGAAUUACAAGAACAUAUAACAGAGGGAUUUGUACAUGUAAUUGUGAAUACAAUACAUAAAAACAUUCUAGGCUAUAACUUCUUUAUCUCAAAAAAGAAGUAUUCUAAUACUGCCUUUUUUGGGGUUUCAGGAACUAAGAGCAAAUAGACAGUGGUUUGUGAAUAUGAAGUUGCCCUCUUUAAUACAAACCUGCAGAGGUGUCAUUAAAAUAAUGUUACCUGUGCUGUGAAAGCAGCAGCAGAGCAGAACAAAACUCUAGAAGAAUUUUAUUUAUUCAUAGAUAUUUUCUAUUAUCCAGUCUUUAAUAAAAAUCACUCAAAUCCUUAUUUAACCUGCCUAUCAUCCUGCCUUACCUUAAGUCUCUGUUCUAAUAUUGCACCUCUUACUUUAACUCAAGAUUUCACCAAUCCCUAAAUUAACAUGAAGAAGAAUGCCAGCAAUUUGAACAAUAAAAAGGAGAUGGAUUGCAUUACCUUGAAUAGGGCUUUUUUUCUUUCAAGUUCUAAUAAAUAAUUCAUCUUAGAAACAGAAACCAGAUAUAUUACUGCAUGUAUGUACUAAACCAUAAAUGAGUUCUUAAAAUUAUUGCUAUUUCCUAACUCCUCUAAACUCUACAGAAACUUUCAUUAUUAAUACUUUCCUGUCACUCAGUAGUGGCAGGAAGGAGCACAAUUUUCAGUGUGUGUACAUACUGUUAUUUAUAACUAUAGAAUUUUAGUUGGACUUUAAAUUUGAAUGGAACUUAAUGGCCGUAGACAUGCUAAUAACUAUUUGAGGCAAUGGCUCUCACUUAAGUUUAAUGAAUCUAUUGAAAGUUGGCUAAAACACUAUGUGUACACUUCUACCUCUGCGGGAGUCUAAUGCUGAUAGAUUUCUAGUAAAGAGCUAUGUGAGCUGGGCAUAGUGGUGCACACCUAUAAUUCUAGCAUUCAGACACUGAGGCCGGAGGAUCACAAGUUUGAACUCAGUCCCCCCAGUACUGUAAAACAAAAAUCUGCUCCAAAAAACUCAUUUAAAAUUGCAUUAUAAAAAGCAAACAUUUCUACAUAUUUUUCUAGAGCUUUCUUUGCUAUAUUUUAAAAUAAACACUAGUCUGCUUUUUACACUAACGUUGCUAUUCUGUCAAACCCAGUUGAUCCAGCUAUAAUAAAAGGCUUAAUCUGAUAGAAGUCACCCUGUGACUGAAUUGUGGCAGUUUGGGAAUGUUUGUACUCUUCGUCUCCCAUAGCAACACUUGAGUAGAUUUAACAGAAACGCAGCCAGAAUUCCCGGUAUUUGGGGGAAGCCUUGCAGUCGUUCCUACCUAUUACCUUCUACUUUUUAACUCCCACAGUCCUCCUGGUCUUUUGUUUUUUGGGUCACUUUAUCCUAGAUAGUAAUUUCACCAUUUGGGUAGUUUGCAUAAUAAAAUAAUAGCAAUGGAAAGGAAAUAUUAUGGGCAAGUAUUUCUAUAUUCCUGGUAAUGUGUAAGGUACAAUUCUCACAGCAGUAUUAUAGGGAAAAGAUACCAUUAUGAUUCCAAUUUUAGAGGUGAGAUAAUGAGACAGAUUUAGUUAUGGUGUUAAUUAUAAUCCAGAUAAACUGUAGCCUUACAAAAAUGAUAGCACCUUCCUUUCUGUUGCACACUCUUUGGGGAAAAGUCCUCACUUUCAGUAUGAAGUGCACGGUGGCAGAGAAGACAGGGAAGUGACAUAAGUUUGGGUAAAGAGCAGGGACACGGGGGCUGGGGAUUUAGCUCAGCGGCAUAAGCACCUGCCGUACAAGCAGGCGGUCGUGAGUUCGAUCCCCGGGCUCAAUAAAAAGAUUAAAAAAAAAAAAAAAAAAGGGCAAGGACGUAAAAUAAGAAAUUGCCCAGUUAAGUCUUGAGUAGGAUAAAACAAGUAUAAAUUGAAAACAGAUGAUAUGAGACUCUAAGGUAUUAAAACAUGGCCAAGAAUACUAUGUAUUUAAGGAAUAUUAUUUUGGAAAAUCUGAACUCAAAGAGGGGUGCUUUUCAUAAUUGUACUGGUUUCAUAACUCCACAAAGCAUCUCUAUUCUGUUAACCUUGUCUACAUUUAAACUCUUCCAGUUCGUAAGCUUUCAUACAAAGCUGUUUUGCAUAAAAUGAAUUUGUAAUUUAUUUUAACGUGGAUAUACUAGCUGCAUCUGUUAAAAAAUAUAUUAACUUGGAAAGAAAUUCAUGGUACUUUACUAUUGUAGAUGUAUUUGUAAUUUAUGUCUGUUUUACAUUGUUUGUUCAUUUUCUAAUAAACAAGGUUUUACCUA